AUGGAAUAGGAAAACACCACAUUAUUUGCUGUUAUGCUCAACUAGAUUGUUAAGCAGAACCGUUUCCAUGAUGAAUCAUUCUUGGAAAAAUUGAAAUUAGUUUGCUUGAAUUCUUAAAAUGAUGAAAUACUUAAGAAAGCAGAUAUAGCCUUUUCAAAACUCUACGAAUUCAUAGAGUCAUCCUUCAAGACUCUUAAGAUCACUGAAGAGAACAAAGCUUUAGUUGCUCCCCUCUAACAACCUAAAGUUCAUCGUCUCUACGUAGAUGGUGUCUUUGAUUUGACUCACUCAGGUCACUUCAAUGCUAUUCGUUAAGCUAAGUAGCUUUGUGAAAUUUUAGUUUUAGGUGUUGUUUCCACUGAAGAAGUUAUUAAGCGUAAAGGUCCUCCCGUUUUGACUUAUGAAGAACGUGUUGGAAUUGCCCGUGCAUGCAAAUGGGUUGAUGAAAUCUAUGAGAAUGCCCCUUAUGACCCAAGCAUCGAACUUCUUGACAAGCUUAACUGCAGUCAUGUUGCUCAUGGAGACGAUCUUAUAUUGCUUCCUGAUGGAACUGAUUCCUAUUAAGCUUUCCGUAAUGUUAAUCGUUUCUUAACAUUUAAGAGAACUGAAGGUAUUUCAACAACAGAUAUCGUUGGUCGUUUGCUCCUUUUAACUAAAACUGAACCCAACUUAGCCAUGUAAAAGAUUCGUAAAAUGAGUGGUGACGGUGCUCACGUAAUUGCCAGUAAAAUCAAUGAAAUUAAUGAUCAUCACGAAACCCAAUCUAUCUAGUAAACUCAAGAACAUGAAGUCGAUGAAAAGACAGCCCACAAAGUAAAACUUCUUAACACUACUAAGAGAAUCCGUUAAUUCAGUCAUGGUUUAAAAGAACCUCAACCUGGUUAAAAAAUAGUAUAUAUUGAUGGUUCUUAUGACAUGAUUCAUAUUGGUCACAUCUCAACUCUCUAAAAAGCCAAGGAAUUAGGAUAUUUAAUUGUAGGUUUACACGACGAUGAUGUUAUAUCUGAAAAGAAAGGCAGACAUUAUCCUCUCCUCAAUCUUUAAGAAAGAGUACUUAGUGUUCUAGCUCUUAAGUAUGUAGAUGAAGUUGUCAUUGGUGCACCUUGGAAGGUAACUAAGGCUAUGAUCGACUAAUUCAAAAUCGAUCUAGUUGUUUCAGGUUCUAUUGACAAACAUGAAUUCCCUCCCACAGAACAUGAAGAUGAUCCCUAUGAAAUUCCCAAAUAAUUAGGAAAGUUCAGCGUAAUACCCUCCACUUAUGAAAUUACAACUGAUAAAAUUAUUGAAAGAAUCCUCCAUAAUAGAAAGAACUUCUUAGACAUAUACAAUAUUAAAAAUAAAAAGUAGGAUCAAUAUUAUAAGCAAAAGGAAGAAAAGAAAGGUGAAGACGUAUAAGAAAUUUGA